AUGUCAGAACAAACAUCACCAACAUUAAAAUCAGCCAACAAGAGAGAACAACCACAAUGGCACCAACCACAAGGCAAGCCAAGCGGAUUGUUUAUCAACAACAGUUUGACCAUGUCAAAGAACGAGUUUGUGCCAUCAUCGGGCACCAAGGACGUCAGCUGGUACAUUUGUGGUCCAACCGUCUACGACGCAUCGCAUAUGGGUCAUGCACGUAGUUACAUCUCUUUCGAUGUGAUUCGUCGUAUCAUGCGUGACUAUAUGGGUUUCAACAUCAUGUACGUCAUGAAUAUCACCGACAUUGACGACAAGAUCAUCAUCAGAGCGCGUGAACGUGGUAUCACCCACACCGAGUUGUCACGUGCCUGCGAAGCCUCCUUUUUCGAGGACAUGAAGGCACUCAAUGUGUUGCCACCCGACGCAUUGACACGUGUCACUGAAUACAUCACCGAGAUUGUCACCUUUGUCGAAAAGAUCAUAGAAAAUGGUUUUGCAUACGAGUCUAACGGCUCGGUCUACUUUGACACUGUCGCCUACUCCAAGCAACACGAUUAUGGAAAGUUGGAUCCAAACGCCGUCGGAAACGAGAAGCUCAACAGCGAGGGUGAAGGUGCUCUCUCUGCCGCCGUCUCUGAAAAGCGUAACAACAACGACUUUGCACUCUGGAAAAAGUCAAAAGAGUUGGAACCAAAGUGGAACAGCCCAUGGGGUGAGGGUCGUCCAGGAUGGCACAUUGAAUGUUCCGCCAUGGCAUCGGAUAUCCUCGGACCAAACAUUGACAUUCAUAGCGGUGGCGAGGAUCUCAAAUUCCCACAUCACGACAAUGAAAUUGCUCAAUCAGAAGCUCAUUACAAGUGCAAACAAUGGAUUAAUUAUUUCAUCCACUCCGGUCAUUUAUUAAUUGAUGGUUCUAAAAUGUCAAAAUCUCUUAAAAACUUUAUUACUAUUCAAGAAGCAUUAAAAAAAUAUACAGCACGUCAAAUGAGAAUGUUAUUUUUAAUUCAUAAAUAUGACAAGCCAAUGAAUUAUUCUGUAGAGUCAAUGACCAAUGCGAUCGAGAUUGAAAAGAUCUUUACCGAGUUUUUCCAUUUGGUCAAGGGUAUUAUCCGUAGCACCUCGAUUGCUGGCGAGCAAAACUGGGAAAAGGCCGACAAGGAACUCAACGCCGAGUUGCAACAGGCCAAGCGCGACGUCGACAAGUUUAUCAUGGACAACUUUAACACGGUCGACGUCAUCCACCGUCUCAAGGAGCUCAUCUCCAAGAGCAACAUCUACAUCAACGACAAGUCGCGUGCACCACGUGUCGCCAUCAUCCAAGGUGUUGCAGACUAUGUCACCUACAUUUUACGUGUCUUUGGUUUGACCGAGGCUGGUGGCGUCGGUUUUGGCGUCGCCGGAGAAGGCAACGUCGAAGAGACCAUGACACCCAUGUUUGACGCCAUCGUCGAUUUCCGUAACCAAAUGCGUUCACUCGCCAUUGCCAAGGACACCACCAAGAUCCUACAAGCUUGUGACUCGUUUAGAGACGAUGUCCUCCCAUUGCACGGUGUCAAGAUUGACGAUCGUGCAACUGGCAGCACUUGGAAGUUUGAAAACAAGGAGGUCUUGAGAAAAGAGAUGGAGUUGAAAAAGGAGAUUGAAAAGAAAAAGCAACAAGACAAGUUGGACAAGCUCAAAAAGGAACAGGAAAAGUUGGAACGCUCCAAGAUCCUCCCAGACCAACUCUUUAAGAGCGAAACUGACAAGUACUCACAAUUUGACCAACGUGGUGUUCCAACUCACGACAAUACCGGCAAGGAAAUCACCAAAUCUCAACUCAAAAAAUUAAACUCUACCUAUGAUGAACACGUUAAAAAUCAUACCAAAUAUUUAGAGUCUAUCAAGAAUUAA